CAGUGACCAUGGAAGAAUCGGAGAAGUUAGAUUUCUUUAUUUCAUUGCACCACCGCUUGUAUGUUAUACGUAGGCCGUAGAGUAUUGAUUUUCUUCUUAACCUCUUCCCACGUAGUGUGUGACUCGGAAACAUGGAAAAAACGCUACCAUUUUGGUAACUGUCAGUGGUUUCUUGUUUUUAUCCGUGAUCGUAGUUCCCGUAGUUGUGGAAACUCACGAUACGGCGAGAGCAAUUUUUCACUGAACGUACGCGGCGAAACAUCGGCACGAACAUUGUGUGCCAUCUUGUCAAACUUUCCUCAAACAAAAUUUCUCACAAACACGACCUAUGCUUGACAAACACGUCAAACAGUAUCGUAGACGGUCAAAUGUUUGGCAAGCACAGUAAAGUUUGACAAAUUGUUUGAUCGUCUCCGGCGGCCUUAAGAAAUCUUUUAGGUACAGUGCUUUUCCUAAACGAAGCCGUAUCUGUCAAUCAAGUAGGGGACAAGGAUUUUACUAUGAGUAACAUGAAGGUUACGAGGCGCUGGAUUUGAUCAAAUAAAUAGGAAGAAAGGCGACAUUUGACAAAUGUUUCCUAUUACACUACGUCAAAUAUAUUGGACAAAUCAAUUUUGUCAAAGAAAUUUGACAGCGUAAAGCCGGUCUUAGUCAAGACGGCAAGGCCGUCAAAAGUGUGAAGUGUAACAAUUGUUUGUACCAUUUAUUGUUGUUCUGUGGUGUGCAACGUAUGUAUGAGAGCAGCUGCUGCAGUGAAAGCAAUUAACACAGUACUUAAUUCGGUAUGACAUUCAUUAUCUACUGGUUGGCUAUACCAUAAAUACCACAAAAAUCUUCGUUCAUCAAGGAGAAUAUUGUGAUUCAGACAGUCAAAUGCCUUAGUACAGCAACUCCUCUGAAAUUGAAACUGUGGUUUACUGAGGAUAUUACUGUUACUCAGAUGAGAUACUGUUCUGGAAUACAAUACCUUCUCAAAAGUUUUGGAAAAUGCCAUCUGAGUGAAACAGAUUAAGUAAUAGAAGUGGCAGAACUCAGUAUGUCAUCCUCGAAGGCGAGUGUUCAUCAGAGACAAGGGUUUCAUCAGAAGCGCCCCUCCGAAGUAUGAUAGGACUGCUGUUGUUCUCUGAAUACAUAAAUGAUUUGGCAGACGGGGAAGCUGCAACAGCAGGCACAUAUAUCGACUCAUGACAGAAGGUCGGUGCAGCAUGUCGGAAGAGCCCACUCCUGCGUCAAAAAAAGUUUCAUCUGGUCUGCCACUUGGAAACCCCCAUCCAGAUGCGGCACUCGCUCCACAGUCGGGAGUGCCGAUGUCUGCACCAAAAGAAGUUACAGUUGGGAUACAACUUGGAAGCUCCCAGCCAGAUGUGGCAGUCACUCCACAGUUGGAAGAGCCCAUUCCUGCAUCAAAAGAAGUCACAACUAGGCUGCCACUCGGAAGCCCCCAUCCAGAUAUGGCACUUGGUACACAGUCAGGAGAGCCAGCGCCUGCACCAAAAGAAUUUACAACUGAGCUGCCACUUGUAAGCUCCCAUCUGGGUGUGGCACUCACUCCGCAGUUGGGAGAGCCAACUCCUACAUCAAAAGAAGUUACAAUUAGGCUGCCACUAGAAACUUCCCAUCCAGAUGUGGCAGUCACUCCACAGUUGGGAGAGCCCACUCCUGCAUCAAAAGAAGUUGCAACUGGGCUGCCACUAGGAACUUCCCAUCCAGAUGUGGAAGUCACUCCACAGUCGGGAGAGCCCACUCCUGCAUCAAAAGAAGUUGCAACUGGGCUGCCACUAGGAACUUCCCAUCCAGAUGUGGCAGUCACUCCACAGUUGGGUGAGCCUACACCUGCGUCAAAAGAAGUUGCAACUGUGCUGCCACUUGGAAGCCCCAGUCCAGAUGUGACGCUCGAUACACAGUCAGGGGAGCCAAAGCCCACACCAAAAGAAGUUAUGACUGGGCUGCCACUUGGAAUCUCCCAUCUGGAUGUGGCAGUCACUCUGCAGUUGGGAGAGCCCACUCUUGAAUCAAAAGAAGUUACAACUGGGCUUCCACUAGCAAGCUCCCAUUCAGAUGUGGCAGUCACUCCACAGUUGGGAGAGCCCGCUCCUGCAUCAAAAGAAGUUGCUACUGGGCUGCCGCUGGCAAGUCCCCAUCCUGAUGUGUCACUCAGUCCACAGUCGGGAGAGCCCACACCUGCGUCAAAAGAAGUUGCAACUGUGUUUCCACUUGGAAGCUCCCAUCUGGAUGUGGCAGUCGCUCCACAGAUGGGAGAGCCCACUCCUGCAUCAAAAGAAGUCUCAACUGGACUGCUGCUCGGAAGCCCCAGUCCAGAUGUGUCACUCAGUCCACAGUCAGGAGAGCCCACACCUGUGUCAAAACAAGUUGCAACUGUGUUGCCACUCGGAAUCUCCCAUCCGGAUGUGGCAGUUGCUCCACAGUUGGGAGAGCCCACUGCUGCAUCAAAAGUUGUAACUGGACUACUGCUCGGAAGCCCUAGUCCAGAUGUGGCACUCAGUACACAGUCAGGAGAGCCAAAGCCUGUGCCAAAAGAAGUUAUGACUGAGCUGCCACUAGGAAACUCCCAUCCAGAUGCAGCAGCCACUCUGCAGUUGGGAGAGCCCACUCCUGCAUCAAAAGAAGUGACAACUGGGCUGCCACUCAGAAGCUCCCAUCCAGAUGUGGCAGUCACUCCACAGUUGGGACAGCACACUAUUGUGUCAAAAGAAGUUGCAACUGGGCUUGCAAUUGGAAGCUCCCAUCCUAAUGUGACAGUCAUUCCACCGUCUGGACAGCCUCCUCCUGUGUCAAAAGAAGUUGCAACUAGGCUGCCAGUGGAUGUGGCAGUCGCUCCUCAGUCAGGUGAAGUCACUCCUGCGUCAACAGAGGUUGCAAGUGGUCUGCCACUCAGAACCCCCCAUCCGGAUGUGACACUCAAUCCACAGUCAUCAGAUCCCACACCUGUACCAAAAAAACUUGCAACAGCACUGCGACUCAGUCGCCUCCACCAGGGUUCGGCACGUGGUCCGCAGUGUUCUGCAAACAACUCCGCACCGUCUGUCGGUAUCCUGCCUGAUGAUGUGAUGUUGAUGAUAUUCUCCUACUUCAGCCUUCCUGAGAUCGCCGGUAUCUUGCAGAACGUUUGCACUCGUUGGAGGAUCCUGUCCCAGCACCCUUGCUUGUGGACACACAAGGAGUAUGUGCCCAGAGCCGAGACAAACGAAGGGGAGGUUAUAAAGAUGAUCAGGGCAAUGCCACAGCUGCGUACAUUGAGAAUUGAGGGUGUAGCAUCGCCCCACCUUAUGGAGGCUUUGUCUGAAAGCUGUCUCAACCUCACCACACUGGACACCGGAUCAAGGGAGCCAAUCCGUUGCGCACAUGUAGCGAAGAAACUCUUCAAGAGGUGCAAUAAAAUACGCGUGCUGAGAACCGUCGACGCAUGGCAGACCUUCGACUCGAGGUUUGUGGAUGCAGUGGCUCAGCUGCCCCACCUGCAGGUGUUGCAACUGUACAGCGCGAGGGACAGAAGCGGCCAUAUUCGGCUGCGCACCCUCGCAGACAACUGCCCACACCUGCGCGAGCUGCAUCUUGGCUGGAUGCGCUACCCCAUAGAAGAGGCUGAGUACUUCAUCAAUUCCAAGAAGGAUAUGCUGACACACCUGGAAAUCAGGUGGAUGUCGAAUGAAGGGAGGAGUAUUGUUCCCCUGUUGGCUGUAUGUGCCGGCACCUUGGAGUACCUGAGUCUUACUCGGUACCGUCUCAGGGAAGCGGCUGGAGCAGAUGCUUUCUCCACACUGUGCAAAUUUCGCAAGCUGCACACACUUCUAUUCAGGGGCAUUAUGAGGACUCCUCCUCCUGAAUUUUCAUUAGCAUUCAGAGAUGGAGGUUUGGCAGGAGUACGUGACUUGACACUGUCCGAUUAUCGGCUGAUGCCGGAUGAUACUUUGCUCACCAUUUCUGAGGGGUGUCCUGAGCUACAGACCCUGACGCUGGAUGGUUCUUCCAGACCUACGGAUGAAUUUUUUGAGCCCCUCUGCAAGUUUAAAAAGCUGGAGACAUUAAGAAUAAGUAAUAAUUGUACUGAAAGGGGAGAGCUCUUAAAACACGUUGCCCGGAUGCCAGCACUGUCCUCGCUGAGCUUUACCUGUACUGAUCUGCCGGGUAUGGAAUACUUGCUCGAUAUGCCAGGGCUCCAGUACCUUUCCUUCCACCAUAUUUCGGGUUAUCGCAUACCAUUUGACAGCUUCCCAGGAAGACUUGUAAAUCUCAGAAAGCUAGUAUUUGUCCGCUGUUUUGGAGACCAAAGAAAAGUAGAUGAAAUGCGUGCUCUGAUGCCAGACGUGAAGGUAGAAGGAACGCUGAUGGCAUGGAAAUGAAAAUGUUUUGGUUUUGGAUUCUGAUCUGGUCAGAUGCUUUUCAAGCCAGUAUAUAUGACCCAUCCAACUUCUCUUGAAGUUUAUGAAGUACUUCACACACUACCUCAUUUUGAUGCUACCUGUUACUAACUGCAUGUAAAUCUAAUCUGUAUUAAAAUAAUAUUUUGCCAGAUUCUUGAGGUUUUGUACGUGGCUUUAUUUUGGCCCUCUUACUGUAACUGGAUGAUUAUAAUGAACAACGGGCAUAUCUCAAUACAAGUGAUGUCCCGAAAGUAAGUAUCAUUUUGGGGAAAAACUCGUAAAAACCUUUCUAUCAACACAAAAUUUAUUUUUGCAAGAAAAGACAUUUCUUAAACUAUUUUUCUACAUAGUUUCCACCGUUGUUCAGACAUUUGUCACAGCGGGAAGCCAACUUUUCUAUGCCCUCUUCCUAGAACGACACUGCCAGUGAAGACAGCCACAGUGAAGCACCGUCAUUUUUUGUGUUGUCAUCGAUGUCAAAGUGCCUUCUUCCAACAUCAUGCCUCAAGGUCAAGAACAGGUGGUCAGAAAGUGCGAUAUUGGGGCUGUAUGGUGGGUGAUUGGACUGCUCCCCCCUUUAUUAUUGAAUAAGGUUUCGAGUGACGCCAGCAUAAUGGAUACAUGCAUUUUCAUGAAGCAACACAGAGCCGUGGCCAAACAUUAAACACCAUUCGUUUUGAAUUGUGUGCUGAAGUUUUCUCAGUAUUGGAUUGAUGGUGCCACCUCUGUGAAGGAACUCAACAAGUAGAAUGCUUUGUCUAUUCCAGAACACAGUGCACAUGAUUUUUGUGCUGAAAACAUUGUUUUGACAUAUUGUUUUUUGGGGGAUUAUGAUUGCCUCCCCUCUAUUGACUGUUGUUUUGAUUAUAGAGUGUCAUGAGAUACCCGAGUUUUGUCACCAGUUACAAUUCUGUUUAAGAAUUCAUCUCCAUUACCACAGUAUUGGGUAAGCAAUGUCAAAGCACUCCUAAGUCGCCUCUUACUGUCGACAUCCAUAAGCAUUUUCAGAAAUUGAUGGGAACACAAUUUGCAAAAAUUUAAGUGAUUUCUGACAAUCUCAUGCAAAGCAGUUUUUGAAAUUUGUGGAGACUCAUCACAAAGUAUUCUUAUUGUGAACCAUUUGUUUUCACAAAUUUCCUCAUUCACUUUCUCAGCCAAAUCAGCAUUGACAGCACAAGUGUACCCACUCCAUGCUUCAUCACGAACACUGGUUCAUCUGUCAUUAAAUUGUGUAACCCACAUUUUCAUCAUUCCAUCACUCAUUAUAUUUUCACCAUAAAUUUCUACAAGUUGACGAUGAAUUACAGAUGGUUUAACAUUCCCUGCAGCCAAAAUUAGACUUAGAAGAUGCAGUUCACAGUUGGCUGGUUCAGAAGCUUCUCAAAUAUUUUGAAUGAUCACUAACAAAUGUAAACACAACACAGUCUGGCUGCAAUGGUGUUAGUGGAAAGACAAUGAACCAGAGAGACGAGUGUGACGGUUCAAAUGGCUCUGAGCAGUAUGGGACUUAACAUCUGAGGUCAUCAGUGCCCUAGAACUUAGAACUACUUAAACUUAACUAACGUAAGGACAUCACACACAUCCAUGCCCGAGGCAGGAUUCGAACCUGCGACCGUAGUAGUCGCGUGGUUCCGGACUGAAGAGCCUAGAACUGCUUGGCUGACGAGUGCGAAUGUGUGAACUGCGACACUAGUGCUGCAAUGGCAGUAGAAUGAAAUGGUACUUACUUUCCAAACAUGGCUUGUAUCUUGGUACUUUUUUUUUUGUAUGAAUGGUCCAAUUUUAUAAGUUAUUCAAUGUAAAUGGUAAGUUUUUCAUACUCAGUAAACCUGUGUCAUUAUCUUGAACGUCCAUAUUCAUGAAAAGUCUCUUAUUACACAGCUUACUUAUUUGCAACAUGCACUGCUACAUUUGUCACUUAUUAUGUUGUAUGUUAUUAUCCUGCGCCUGUUGAAACAAGUUCUCUGUCAAUGACAUCUUAGUAUUACACCAAUUAUCAAAUCAAGUCUGAUUAUGUAUCACUGUCAUACUGAUUAUAUGCCACUCUGUCAUAUUAAAAAAGUUUUGUAUGCUAUAUGAUUGCUGAUCAUAAUUUUUUUUAUUGUGAUUCUAGGAAAGGUAAUAGGUCACAGAUAGUAGUCACUAGACGUCAUCAAGGUACUUUAUUUUCAUUAAUGAAAAGAAAGAAGUUCCAUUAACAUCUAGCUACUACUUUUUCUGACCUAUCAAAGUUUUAUGAAACUUAUUUAUUUUCAUUUGUGGAAAUAAAGGUUUCAUUAACAUAUAGUGUCUGCUUUUAGUGUCCUAUCAGCUUUUUUAGAAUCAUAAUAAAAAUAAUUAAAAAUGAUUGCACACUUCACUCAUGACUUUCCACUUGUCCUUAAAAUACGGAUCAUAUUGUUUGUCACUAUCAUACAUACUAACUCUUACACUCAUUGUUAAUUAACUGUCUCAUCAAAGAAUUAUCAUUAUAACUUAUGAUAAGAGGUUUAGUUUGUCUUCUCUGAACACUGAUUUGAGGAAUGAAUUUGUUCAUGUUCAGAUAAUAUUCACCUCCACACAUAAGAAAUUGUUACUUACUAAUAUUUUUGCCAAUUUAAAAACACAUUAUGUGAUUAGUAGUGACAGAAAAUUUAAUUAAAAUGAUCAUAGAAAUAAUAACAGAAAAUUUGAGAUUUUUAUAAAAUGUUGCAGAAUUUGGCAUUUCCCUCUGUAAAAUUUUAUAAAUCCAAGUGUGUUAGUUUAUGAAUAUUCAUAAUAACUGAUAGUUAUUGAAUGUUAAAAUUGUAUUUCGACUUCCUUUUUUCUUCAAGGCUGUAGUUAAUGUAUAGUGAUGUUUAUUUCCUACUUAACAAAUAAUGAUGUGAUGUCAAAAAAUAUUCUGCUUCCAAAGUCAUUCUUCUUGACACUUUUGAACAACAAACCAUACAAAAGAAUGAUGCAUUUUGUAGAGAUUUUUAAGAUGGUAUAUCAAACAAACUUUCGUAGUAUGCAAGUAUAAAAAGAUGCCAAAUAUAGCACUUUACUUUUGGAAACAAUGUAAAUAAUCAUGAGUUCUUUUUUUUUUUUUUUAGUCAAUCACAGCACAGGAUACAUGAUGUUCCACAUACAUCACAGUCGUCAACGUAUGACAGGUGAAGAAUUUAAGUAAUGCCUCAUAAAUAGUGCAAUUGCUUGCUUGUUAUGGACUGAUGUUCCUUGCUUUCACUAAUUCACAACCAACUUAUCAUCUUUCAGUACAUAUUAAACCUUGGGCAAUGCAACAGACUAGCGUGUCACCGCAAACUGUAUUCAAAAAAUAGUAAAAUAAUAUAUAGUAAAUACUGAAAUAAGCAUUCUCACUUACCUGUUAUGCCACUAGAAACAAGACUGCAUGAUGGUGAUGACACUUAUAAUGUUUCACCAACUCAAAACCAACUCAUCACCUUUCAACACCACCUAAACCUCAGACUGUGCAACAAACCAGGCUAUGACUGCAAACCCCAUUCACAAAAUAAUAUGGAAUAACUAUUGAAAUAAACAUUCUCAGUUACUUGUUCUUCCACCAGAAACAAGCUUGCAUGAUGUCACAUAUCCUGUGCUGUGAUUCGUUGAUAGGAGCAAACCGAGUGUAAUACAUAAUGUUGGUUUACAUAUUUAUAAAGCUAACAUGCCACAUUUGGUAGUUCCCAUAUUU